AUGAUAGCUUAAAAGAUAGAGGGACAUUUCUCGAGAACAGUCCAAGCAUAAAAUUAUUCACAAAAUAAUCUGCAAUUAAUUGAAUAAGUAUCAUCAUCAACUUAUCUGUGUAUAGUCUGAAACAUUUUGUUAAGUCAAUGGACAGGCUUCUGAGUUAUGCUAAAUCAACAAAUAAACUAACAAUAGUAUGCUUAAGAAGCAAACUCAACAAUAUGAGACUUAAAUUUAAGGUCCCAAAGAGACUUGCCAAACAGGGCAUGAAGCUUAAAGUGAUUCAUAAGUAUUUCAUUUGAGUUAAUCUCAUAUAGACUGUUACACCAUUAGCCGUUCCAGAAGCUUAAGACCUUGAAGAAGUUCCGAGCCUUGAAGAUAAUCUCAUCCCAGUUUAAAAUACUAAAAAGUGUUGUCUUUCAAAUAAUUUCUUCAGUAAAUAGAGGGCGAUCAGAAGAAAACUCAUUCGCAAACGAUUUAAGUCUUAUAAAUAAUCAACCAUUGCCAUGGACAGUAAUAAUUCUUUGCCAACUGCUUUGGAUUUGCAAUUAGAAGGGGAAGGAGCAGAACAGAGUGGAACAAAUAAUAAAUAAUAGUAAAAUAAUCAAAAACCAAUUCAUGAAUCUAAGGAAGAAUCAAAAGAUGUAGAAACAAUGAAAUAAAUUCGAAUUGAAGAUUUUAAUUAAUCAAAAAAUAGAAAAAUUUAUUAUACUGAUAAAUUAAUUAACUUAAUUAAAGGAGAGUAAGUUGAUACAUUUAUGGCAUAAAUGUACAUUAAUCAUUUUAUUCAAACCUAUGAAAUUCUCCAAAAAUCAAAAAUGUUAAAUUAACCUGAAACUUAUUAAAUUUUACCUAAAAUCAAAUCACAAACAAGUAUAUAUUUAGUGUUAUCAUUAAGUUCGCUAAAAAACAUUGGUUAUAGAUCUAGAUGAAACCUUAGUACAUUGCAAUGAAUCAUGUCUAAUGCCCAAAGAUCUAGAGAUAAACAUUAAUUUAAACAAUGGAUUUAUUGUCAAAGUAAUGAAUUCAAUGAUAUUCCAAACUAGGCUGAAAUUAGUGUUCGACCUCACACUCAACAAUUUCUAUAGAAUAUGGCCAAGCACUUUGAAAUCAUGAUCUACACAGCUUCAAACGAAGACUAUGCGAAUUAGAUAAUAGAUUAUUUGGAUCCAACAAAAGAACUAGUGAAAUAUCGUUUCUAUAGAAAUGAUUGCAUAAACCUUUCGAAAGGGUGCCAUAUCAAAGACUUAAGAUCCUUAAAUAGAAAUUUAGAGGAUAUAAUUUUAAUUGAUAACUCAGCUUAUUCAUUUGCCUAUUAAUUGAGCAAUGGAAUACCAAUCAUUCCAUAUCUAGAUAAUAAAAAAGACAAUGUAAUAUUGUAUUGUUUAUAUUUUUAAAGGAAUUAAUAGAAUUGGAAAGCUACUUGAUGGAAUUGCUAAAGGUUGAUGACAUAAGAAUAGAGAAUGAAAGGAAUUUCCAAUUUAAACAGAUAUAAAAUAGUAGCUCAAUAUAGCAAGCGGUUUAUCACUUGAUUUGUAAUAGAAAGUGA